UUGUUUUUCCCUUUCCUCUCCUUUUUUCCCUUCCCUCCUUCCCUGUCGCCUCCCUCCCGCAGCCGGAGCAGCCGCGGGCGGUGCGGCGGAGCGGGCGGGAGCACGGCCGGCUGCGGGCACGGCGCUGGGGACCCGCCCGCACCGCCGGGAGCAGCACUCCCGCUUUGCACUAUUUCCCCUUAUUUUGCUUUCUCUUUUCCUCCCCGUUCUUCCCUGGCAAUUUGGUAUUAUUGCUUUUUUGCUUUUUUUCCUUUUUUUUUUUUUUUUUCUUUUCUGUGUUGCGAUCAGCCAAGGGAAGGGGGAGCUGCCCCCCCCACCCCCCCGCCCGCCCUGCUGCUGCUGCUGCUGCUGCGGCGGCGGCCCCGGCUCCUCUCGCCGCCACCACCCCGGACCUGCCGCCCGGACCGACCCCGCUACCUGCCCGGCCGCGGGAGGAGCCGCUUCCCUCGCCCUGGGAGGAUGGAGGUCCUGCAGCUCCUGCGCCUGCUCCUCACUGCCGCCAUGCUGGGCCUCUCCCAGACAGUGAACCCCUUCGUAGCCCAGCAGAACCCCCCAGACCCUUGCUACGACGAGAGCGGCGCUCCUCGCCGCUGCAUCCCUGAAUUCGUCAAUGCCGCUUUCGGGAAGGAGGUUCAAGCCUCCAGCACGUGCGGGAAGCCCCCCACGCGGCACUGCAAUGCCUCGGACCCCCGCCGAGCCCACCCGCCCGCCUACCUGACCGACCUCAACACCGCCUCCAACAUGACGUGUUGGCGGUCAGAGACCUUCCACCACUCGCCCCAGAACGUCACCCUCACCCUCUCCCUCGGCAAGAAGUUUGAGGUGGUCUACGUCAGCCUCCAGUUCUGCUCGCCCCGGCCCGAGUCCACCGCCAUCCUCAAGUCCAUGGACUACGGCAAGACCUGGGUGCCCUACCAGUACUACUCCUCCCAGUGCCGUAAGAUCUACGGCAAGCCCAGCAAAGCCACCGUCACCAAGCAGAAUGAGCAGGAGGCCCUUUGCACUGAUGGCCUCACCGACCUCUACCCCCUCACCGGCGGGCUCAUUGCCUUCAGCACCCUCGAUGGGCGACCAUCCGCCCAGGACUUCGACAGCAGCCCCGUGCUCCAGGACUGGGUGACAGCCACCGACAUCCGCGUGGUCUUCAGCCGCCCGCAUCUCUUCCGUGACCUGGGCAGCCGGGAUGCCGGCGAGGAGGAGGGGGGCACCAGCUCGACCCCUUAUUACUACGCAGUGGGAGAGCUGCAGGUGGGUGGGCGCUGCAAAUGCAACGGGCACGCGGCGCGCUGCGUGAAGGACAAGGAGCAGAAGCUGGUGUGCGACUGCAAGCACAACACAGAGGGUCCCGAGUGCGACCGCUGCAAGCCUUUCCACUAUGAUCGCCCCUGGCAGCGGGCCAGCGCUCGCGAGGCCAAUGAGUGUCUGGCCUGCAACUGCAACCUGCACGCCCGGCGCUGCCGCUUCAACAUGGAGCUCUACAAGCUCUCGGGCAGGAAGAGCGGCGGUGUCUGCCUCAACUGCCGGCACAACACCGCGGGGCGGCAUUGCCACUACUGCAAGGAGGGCUUCUACCGGGACCUCAGCAAGUCCAUCACGGACCGCAAGGCCUGCAAAGCCUGCGACUGCCACCCCGUCGGCGCGGCCGGCAAGACCUGCAACCAGACAACGGGGCAGUGCCCGUGCAAGGAUGGCGUGACCGGCCUCACCUGCAACCGCUGUGCCAAGGGUUACCAGCAGAGCCGCUCGCCAGUGGCCCCCUGCAUCAAGAUCCCUGCCAUCAACCCCACCUCCCUGGUCACCAGCACGGAGGCACCUGCAGACUGUGACUCUUACUGUAAGCCAGCCAAGGGCAACUACAAGAUCAACAUGAAAAAGUACUGCAAGAAGGACUAUGUGGUCCAGGUGAACAUCCUGGAAAUGGAAACAGUGGCCAAUUGGGCCAAGUUCACCAUCAACAUCCUCUCUGUCUACAAGUGCCGCGAUGAGCGGGUCAAGCGCGGCGACAACUUCUUGUGGAUCCACCUGAAAGACCUGUCCUGCAAGUGCCCCAAGAUCCAGAUUAGCAAGAAGUACUUAGUCAUGGGGAUCAGCGAAAACUCCACAGACCGGCCGGGACUGAUGGCCGACAAGAACAGCCUGGUCAUCCAGUGGCGGGACGCCUGGACACGCCGCCUUCGGAAACUGCAGCGGCGGGAGAAGAAGGGGAAGUGCGUGAAGCCCUGAGGGGUUUCCACCCCUCCCGUCCCACCCCGCGCUCAGCCCCAGCCCGGCUGUGUGCCGCCAGACUGCGCCCAGAAACUCUGUACAUAUAUAUAGUGUGAACGGACUCUUCUGUCUAUAGUGUAUAUUUUGGCAAUGGUUUCCCUUUGUGUGUGCGUGUGCACGCGUGGGUGUGCGUGUGGGUCUUUUUUUUCUAAGUAUAUAUUAAAAAUAACACAGUAAUGACAAACCUUUAAUGAGGAGCAAAGUGGAGCAAGAUCCUGUGGGUGCCUGAAGGAGCUUGAAGGGGAUUGUUGUCCUGCUCCGGGCAUGCUGUUUGUAGCACUCAUUUUCUAGGCUUUUCUUUUCCUUUUAACAAAGUCUUCUGCCUGGUGUUGACAUCUGAGUUUACAGCUCUCCCUUCUCCAGCAUCUGGGGCCUGCCUCUUCCUCGCUCUCUGAGAACAUGCUGCUGUCAGACCUCUCUCUGCCCUGUAGGAACAGAAGGCCAGAGUCUUCUGUCCUUCAUCCCAAUGUGCAAACGGGGCAGGCUGAGUGGAAACCGUCCAAUGCUGCAGAGGGACCAGCCUCAGGAGCUCCACCAGGAAGAGCGAAUGAACUUUUGCAAGGCCUGAUUCCCUGGUGACCUCGGGUUUACACAGACCAGCACCGCCACCUGGGGCAGGACCCAUGGGAUGCUGCAGUGCCAUGGGGAGGAGUCAGACCCUGACAGUGCAUUGGUGUCCACCAGGGAGAAAGGGACGGACUUUGUAACUCCCUGGCCAUUGUCUUAUCCUGGUCCAUAGUCCCAGACCCAGUGGGAAAGACCUGGAGAAACCCAUUUUCUCCUCCCGUGUCCACCAGGGCCUGCCCUGCCUGCAGGACCUGGGGUGGAGUGGUCAGGCUGACCAGAGCCAUCAAGUACCGUCGUCCACCCUCCCAGGUCUAUGUCCUUAUAUUCUCACAGCUGAUGCCAACUGACGUAAUUGCACCUAUUUUUGUUGAGCUGACACCAAGUGACCAUCUGCCUUGGUGUGCAUCCUUCAGAGCUGGCCUGACUGCAUGCUCUCCUGGGAAGUAUUGCUGUGGCCGAGGUUGUCUGAGGAGAUGCACAAGGCAGAGGUGGCAGGAAGAGAGAAGAGCUUUCAUUGACCCACCUCUAGUCUUUUAUAUCUUCUUCACCGUGUAUUAGUCUCCGGUUCAAACAGACAUCAGUAUCUUCCCAUGUUGAGAUUGUAGAGGUCUUGGCAUAAUAAAUAUGAGUAGAAAUA